AUGUCGUCAAGUGAGUUGAACCCAAUCGAAUCACAACUCACCAAUAACACAACCACGGCUGAAAUCCAUGAGAUACCUUCCCUCCCCCGGUCAGAGUCUAACGUGUCGACCAACGCCGGUUCGGAAUUCCGUGAAGAACAGCGUAUAUUACGGAUGAUCUCCAACCGUGAAUUAGCCAGGCGAUCCAGGCAACGAAAGAUGAGGCAUUUAGAGGAACUAAGAGAAGAGCUGAACCGGCUAAGACUUGAAAACCAACACCUCAAAAACCGUCUCACUUGGCUUGUAUAUCAAUGUCGAAUUCAGGGUCACUCCAAACAUAUUUGA